UUCUUUCUCCCACCUUCACUCCCUGCCUCAUCUCUCCCUCACUUUUCUUUUUCACUUUCUCUCUCCGUUUUCGUUUCCUGAUUCGCUUUCUCUCUCUUCCCCUCCUGUAUAAAUCUGACCCACCUUCUCUUUCCCCAUCCUCUUCAAGCUCUUCUUUUCUCAGCCUCACCCCUACCCAAAUCCUAAUUGACUUACCUCUUUUUUUUUUAUUUUUUGGUGAAUAUUUUUCGAGUGUUUCUCAGGCUUCGUAUCAGAACUGUACAGUGAAGCAUACAGGUUAUUCCAAUUGUUUAUAGUCCUCAAGGAAGAUGAACCACUGUGUGAUCCAGAAGCAAAACGUCGUCGUCGCAACCCGUGAAGAGAUGAGCAGCAGAGACCAUGUGGUUUGUCCCAAACCUCGCCGCCUCAGCCUCUUAAACGUCGCCGUUAACGACCAUCCCGUUAGAUCCGUCUGGUGGCAUGUCAGCUGCCAGUCAGAGAUAUGUGACACAAAACCUAUGUCUGAUCCAUUGGAUUUCAUCCUCGCUGAGGGUGAUUAUGGGAUAGAACAACCAUGCACACAGAUGGCCUCGUCGCCCCCCUUUUUUGGCGGGUCACCGCCGAGUAGAGUAGAGAACCCAUUGAUUCAGGACGCUCGAUUUGGUGAUGAAAAGUUCUCCCCGCUGUCGCCGCCGGUCUGGGCUUCUUCCCCACCGGUUCGAGCACCGUCUCCGGCGUCUUCCACAAGGAAGGGAGGCUGUGUCCGAGCCAAUUUUGGGAACAAUCCGGUCGUGAGGAUCGAGGGGUUCGAUUGCCUUGACAGGGACAGGCGAAAUUGCAGCAUCCCUGCUCUGGCCUAGAAAGAAAAACACAUCCAUCUUUCAGAAUAGAUCCAAUUAGAGGAAGAGAAGCUUUUAGAAUGCAUUAUUACGGAAUAGAAAGAAGAUCACAUGAACUACGACACCAUGAAGAAUUUUGAAUGUCUCUGAAGAGCAAGAAGAGAGAAACAUCGUCUUUUUUUCUGCCUAGUGUAAAUAUUUGUUCGGAAAGUGUUUGUAAAUGUGUCAUGUGGACGGUGGACUGAAUCAUGUGUUGGUUUAGAAAGAUGUAAAAACGAGAGGGGGUUUGGUUUGGGUGUAUUUAGUGGGAUAGGUCCUCUCUGGUUCUUCUUUUAGGGUCUUCCAUCCUCUUUAAUUUGUAAGUAGGUUUAGAGGAAAGGAAAAUUUUACGUGAUGAGUCAUUAUCAGGUCCUUGAUGAAACUUGGCGGCUGAAGAAGGGAAAUAUGUACAAAAUAUCUUUGAGCCAACCAGCUUAGUAUAAUAUGGUCCAUGUUGCAAAUGUGAACAUGAACCACCUCCUAUGAUAAAAAGAAGUGUCUUUUUCUCGUGUUUCGUGCACGCCGUGGCUCUUUUCCUUUGAAUUGAAUCUCGGUGUGUAGUUUUGUUUGAAUUUGAAUCUCUUUUUUCAA